GGUUAAUAACAUUUCUCAAGCAAAUAUAUGACUUUGCCGACAGUGUUGAUGACCUCGGGUAAAUAACAGAGCCCUUCUUAUCGUGAAUGAAACAUUCUUGAAUCGAGAGUCAAUCAUGCCUGGUUUCUGUUGCUUUUCCUAAUUCAUCUUAGAACUUCUAAUGUCAUUAAUUAAUAUCAUCUGAAUAUAUCCAUUAUAUCUCGUAUUUCACAUGAUCACUCAAAUCAUCAAUCAGAAGCUGGAAUAUUUAAAUCUCGCUACACCACAGCUGCAAACAAAGCGCCGUUCUAUUGCGCGGAAAGUACGACCUCAAUCAAUCGUUGGACUGGGUAUUGAAAACCUGAGUCUAACUCAUAUACCAGAUAUGGUAGAGACGCCAUCUCCCGAGUGCCAUUCUAGUAGAAGUAAGCUAGAACCUACUGACGAACUAAAAGACGAAGAAUGCUGUGAUUCUAUAUCUGAAUUACCAAGUCAAUCAAUGACACUUCAACAUUUAGUGAAAGGCCGGCCAAAGCGAGCUAAGACGCGUGCACCGAAAAAAACAGCUGUGCAUGUUACUGAUCCAUCCACGGAUGUCAAUGAAGGCAUUGAAGCAUUCUUUAGACCUGCUUCUGCUACACCAUCAACGCUCACACCCCUUGUGUCACCAACUUCGGAGGAUUGUAGUUUACUUUCGUUUGCUGAUAGCCCUACGCUUAGUCGUGAUGAUGGUGGCCGAUUUAGUAACGUAACGUCUGAAGAAACAACCCCGAUUCUCGAGGAACGCAGAAUCAUAAAGUUAGAAAGGUCUUCCCCUGUAAUGAAAAAUGUCAAUUGGUCUUCAAGGUCUCGUUCAUCGGAUAAUUUAGAAAAAGUUUCUGCAUCGAUCAACAAAAAAUCACCUUUAAUUAAUAAUUAUACAGACAACGAAAAAAAGUUUCCAGACGCAUAUUCCUCUGCAAUACACGGUACAGAGUUUGACACAGACAAAUCACCAAGCAGUGAAUCCGUUAAGAGCCAACAUUCCGAGAUUCAGAGGCCAGCAAAUGGUGUAGUGAAGACUCCAGUUUCAGUACAGAAACCUCGUCCUUGGUCGGUGCUGGGACAUGAAUCGAAAAGUGAUUUUGUAACAAAUGAUUCAAUAACACCCGAUGAAGGCAACGAUGAGCUUGAUCUUGUAUUGAUAUCUGGACAAACCCCAGGUGGUUCUAUUGUUGGCAUAACUCCAGGAGCUAUUGGAGGAGGAAGCAUCGUUGGGAUUACACCAGGUGCAGUAAUGGAGAAAAAAUCGGUCAGAGAUAUGGCGGCUAAUCUUAACAAACUUGGAGUAGAUAAGAUAUGUUUUUUGAAUAAACCGCCAGUUGCAGCUCCGAGAUUGAAUUGGAAAAUAUAAUCCAAAACACAAUUCAACACCAAACGAGGCAGAUAUAAGAGAAAGUUUUACA